ACAUGUAAUACAUUGAAACUAUAUCAAACUACAUUCUAGAGAAAAGGGAGAUAACAAACCCUUCUACUUCCAACCCCCAACUUCCCCAAAACAAUACAAUCUUGAUAUAUCCAUUUUGGUUAUAUACAUUUCUUCUCUUUUCUUUCUUUUUUGGAAAACAAAACCCUAUCCCUAAUUCUGCAUUUCUUAAAUAGAGAAUCCUAUUACAGAGAAAUGUCGGAGAUUCAGCCGGCGGAGGGACAGUUAAACGGUGGAAGAACCCUAAUUCCGAACUCCGGUGAACAAAUCGCAACGAAACGCCUGAGAAGGCCGAGUGUCCGAUUAGGCGACAUCGGCGUCGACCCACCUUACGAUUCUCACGGAAGACGCAACCCCAAGAGUUGGAAAAUCGCCUUCGAUCAUCCCGGCAAGGAAAAAGAUUCCAACUCCUCAGGUAAACCUUCAAAGACUCGACCUUUAACUAAUUUGAGCGCGGUUGCCGAUUUCAAUGAAACCCUAGACGGUGAAGAAAGAGAAGGGGCAAUUGGGAGCUGGAAGGUUAAGGAGUCCAAGAAAAGAGGUCCCAUUGCCACCAAGAGAGCUAGAUCGAGUUGGGUUUCAAGAAUUGAUGAUACCGGUGGUGGUGGCGGCGGCGGUAGUGGUAGUGGAACUGGUGUUGUUGAAUUAGAGGAAAAAUAUAGUGGUGCUGAAGAUGUGGAUGAUGGGUAUAAAGAAUUUGAUAUGGAGAAUUCGGAAAGCCCUAUGAAAGAACAAAGCCCUAUUCAUUCAAUGGAGAAUUUAGGGAUUGAUGGGCAUAGAAGGUCUUUUAGGAGUAGGGAUCAUAACGAUGGAAUUGAUUUAUCUGGGCCAUCUGAAAAUGAUGUUAGGAAUGAGAAUGGUGGGAGGAUUAGGUCUGGCGAAGACGGGAUUAGGAUUUGGCUUAACGGGUUGGGUUUAGGUCGUUAUGCACCGGUGUUCGAAGUGCACGAGGUUGAUGAUGAAAUUUUGCCAAUGUUGACACUGGAGGAUCUUAAAGAUAUGGGGAUUAACGCUGUUGGAUCCAGAAGAAAACUGUACUGCGCUAUUCAGAAGCUCGUACUGGCAGGGAAGGAGAGGACUCUCAGCCAUAGCAAAAUUCAGAAGCUUGUCUGAACUGAGUUCUAAUAUGUUCCAUUCCCGCUUGACUUUUUCUAGACAUGGAAUCGUUAGGUUCUUGUUUGAGAAACAUCGUUUUUGAAAUCCAGUGCAAGUACAUAUAACUGCAAGUUUUGUUAGAACAGUUCUUUGUUUUUCA